AUGGUUCUGAUCUUUUCUCUGAUGAAAACAAAAUAUAGAACUUUACCAAAACUGGAGAAGUUAGCAGGAACACUGCAGUCAGCAUUAGCUAAGUGGUCAUUUGAAUUCACUCCUUAUGAAUAUUGGGAUUCAACCAAAUGGGAGUUUGAUGACCUUGCCCAAGAAUACUAUGAAUUAUGUCGAAAUAAUAUUGAGCAAACCGGUGCUCGAUUACUGCCAGCCGAUGUAAAUUUCUUGGCAGCUUUCACAACUGGAGAUGGCAACUGUUUGUACAAUAGUAUUGCCGAGUUAGUAAAGAAAUCAAAUGAAGAAUGGGUUCGAGAACUCAAAGUUCGAAAUUUAAUCGAAUUGAUAAUCAAUUUCACUUAUUAUAAAAACACCUAUGCUGAUAUUGAUGACAAUCUCAAGCAGUAUAUUACUGAAGUUAUGAUGUUUCUUGAUGCGAGAAGCGAGCCAUGGGACAGUUUUGGCUUGUGCAAUGUAUUAGAUUGCAGCAUUCGAUCAAUUCAUCCAAUUCUCGAUGCAAUGUCUGAAAGAGGAGAAGCGGGUAACACUCAACCACUUCAAAUGAAUCAUGUUUUUCAUCCACGUAGACCGGCACGAAACAUCACAAUCAAUAUUUUAUGGUGUAGCGGUAUGUCGGUUGAUAUCCGGAGAGCACAAGUUCAGAUGGGAAUGAGAACUGAAUUUUGGGCACCGACUCAUUUCGUACCAUUAUCAAUCGAUCCAUUUGAUGAUAUAUCAGCUCAAAGGGUGGAAAGUGAAAGAGAUGAUUUAAGACGAUUUCGUGAUAUCGAAAGCCGAUUUGGUGAUGAUGAUAAUAGCGGAAACAAAGAAAAUGAUUUUAAUUUGGAAAAAAAUGCACAACUGGCUCGAACAUCUGUACAAAAGAAAAAAAUCAGACGAGAACAAAAAGCAGUCAGACGAAAAUCCAAAGCUAGUAAUCGAUUGAUACGACGUUUGACAUUUGAUAUUAAAGCAUUCAUUCAAUACGAUCCGUAUUUAAAAGAUGCCACUUUGGAAACAAGAUUAAAUAUUAAUGUUAAAAAAAUCAAACUACGUUUACAUGCCACAGCAGCGGCUGCUGACCGACAACAUAAGAAAUCUCAUUCGAAACGAAUGUCAUGUUUCGGCAACGAUCAAAUAACUUUUCUUCUUCCAGUAUUAACAAAAAGAACACCUGAUUCUGCAACGGAUGCUCGUGAUUAUGUAUUUAAUCCAAAUAAAGAUAAACCAGACUUAUUAGUAGCACCAACAGCAUCAUUAGUUAAACAUCUAACUCCAGGAUCAACUGAUCAUAUAAAAAUCAAUAAUAUACUACUGACAUUAAGUAUCAUGCCAAUGCCAAAUGAACAUUCAUCGUCCGUUUCGGCUUCACACUGGGCAUACCUUUUGCCAUUACACUAA